CGCCUGCGCACGCAGCCGCUGCGGUUACUGUGGGACCAGCGGCUGCGCUCCAUUCAAACAAGCGGAGCGCGAGCGGCGAGGAUUUCAAGCCUGUAGUCUGUGGUGUUGGUUAAAUACUCUAUGCAGUAUAACCCAAGUCAUCAAUGCGUUGUGAGAGUUGACCGUAUGCAGUUCUGUAAUGCUGUGAUCACGCUUGAACGAUUUAAAGUGCAUCAUCACGUCUAAAAAUAGACAGGAAUAAAACAACUAAUUAAAUUGAUUCAAUUCAGAAGAUACAAAAGACGAAGAGAAGCUGAAAAAUGCUACUAAUCUUCCCAAGGGGCUGAAUUGAGCAAACCAUCAUUGCAGCUCGGGACAGCAGGUUAUCUGCACUUCAUAUCAAAGAAAAGUGGAUUUUAAGAAUUAAAGAAAAACCUGGAGUGAAUUUUGACAAAUUCAGUGUUUGAACUACUUAUCAAACCUGUGGUGGAGGGACAAACAGGUCAUUAUUAAACCAUCGCCAGGGAAACCGCAGCUGAGCAAAUUACGCAGAAAGUGCACAGGAGGCAUCCUGAGAAUCUUUCAUUCAACAAGUAACUUCUGCUUACCAUCAUUAUCUUUGGCCUGUUUUGAAUCGGAUUUCUUUGAUCUUCAAUAUAUACCCUUACCAAAACGUGCACCUUCUUAUGUGUUAAAUUGCUGCAAUGGGGAAGUGCAACAGUAAGCUGAAACCUGAAGUCGUGGAGGAGCUGACUAGGAAGACAUACUUUACUGAGAAAGAAGUCCAGCAGUGGUACAAAGGAUUCAUUAAAGAUUGCCCCAGUGGACAGCUUGAUGCAGCAGGCUUCCAGAAAAUCUACAAACAGUUCUUUCCUUGUGGAGACCCUACAAAGUUUGCUAAAUUUGUCUUUGACGUAUUCGAUGAAAAUAAAGAUGGAAAGAUUGAAUUCUCUGAGUUUAUCCAAGCAUUGUCAGUAACUUCACGUGGGACUCUGGAUGAAAAAUUGCGAUGGGCUUUUAAACUGUAUGACCUAGAUAAUGAUGGCUACAUCACCAGGACGGAGAUGCUGAAUAUUGUGGAUGCUAUUUACCAGAUGGUGGGUAAUACCGUGGAACUGCCUGAAGAGGAGAACACACCAGAGAAACGAGUGGAUAGGAUUUUUGCUAUGAUGGACAAGAAUGCCGAUGGGAAGUUAACACUACAGGAGUUUCAAGAGGGAUCAAAAGCUGAUCCGUCUAUUGUCCAAGCGCUUUCUCUAUAUGAUGGUCUAGUAUAGUCCCUGCACCCUCCCUUGUGCCAUGGUGACCAAGGAUUGAACCAUUUUGAUGCCAUUUGAACGGUUCUGUGCAGAAGCUCGAUGGUCCAGCAGUCGCUCACCUUCACCCAGAUGUGAACAGGAGUGCACGAGUGUGUGCAAGCUGAGCUCUUUUGCUUGUAUCCAUUUGCCAAUCUCAGCUUAAGAACCCAAAAUGUUUUUUUUAAACUUGAACUCUGCGGUAGUCAAAUGCCUCAGUUUUUUUUUGGAAAGACUUGAUCAAAAGGAGCAUGAAUCUUUGCCUUUUUUUUUACAAUAUUUGACAAUUAAAAUGCUCUAGCUGUGAAUUUUUUUGUUGGGCUGUCCUGACCACUUCAAAUAGUGUUUAUAACGAACAACAAAAGGAAUUGGUCUUGUAUUAUCUGAAAAUAUUAGCAGCAAAGUGAGGGUUUUGUGAGUGUUUUGUGCUUUAAGUGGAACUGUUUUAUCAUGUAUACUGUUCAUUUAGUUGUGAAAUUGUACUCUGGUUGUAUCAUUUUUCUUUGAAAACAAAGUGGACAAUUUUUCAAAGCCAUGCUGACAUCUGUCAGGCGUGAAGUCAGACUUGUAGGUUCUAUGACUAUCAAGUUGUUGUACUGUAACUGGUCCAAACUCCAAGCAUUUAUUUCAGAUAUUUUUAAAAAAAUUUUGUUGGUUUAUUAAUUUGUGUUCUGUCAAAGAUUGUAUAAAAUAAGAAAGGGCAGAUCAGAAUGUACACCAGGGCCAAAACAUGACAAAAAAAUCUGCCUUUCCUGACAAAGAUUGAAGUUGAAGCUGUUGUUUGAUCGUAAGCCCUUGCAGUACAAGUUUCCCUGCUGCUUUACCUGUUUCAUAGAUUUAGAUCUAUCUCAGUGGUAUAAUUUUUCUUCUGGUCAGCUGAUGAAUAGCCUGCAAUCAGAUACCCACGGUUAAUAUUAAUGUCACACAACCUAAUAAUUGCUUUGAAUAGAGUAUAACGUUGCCUGAUUUAAAUUGCAUGUUGAAAUUUUAUUUCACCAUGUUCUAGAAUUCAUGCUAGUUAGUAUAUUAAAUGACAUGCACAUGGUACUAUUCAUAAAAGGCACAGAAUUGUUUUUCACCACCAUAGCUACUUUACCACCUUGACCAUCUAGUAGUUUUGCAUAUUGCACAUUAUGUGUUCUUUCUUGUACUUAAGGAAAAGGAAAUUCUCUUCCCAGUUUGCGAAGUGAUAGAUAGUUCAUUAGUAACAAUGGUUUGGACAGUAAGGAAAUUUUGUUCCUUUACAUAAUAAUGUAUAGAUUCUAAGAAAAGACCAAGAAAAAUAAUGAAACACUUUUUUUGUUUGUAUUGCAUUUGGGCGUGAUUGGGUUGAAUUUAAUAUGCACAGAACACUGUCAGUCUAGUUAAUGAAAUCCCUUCAGAGCUCUGACUUGAUCCAUUUAAUGCAACCUUUAUUUGUUUUGGAUUUUUUAAAAUCCUUUUAACAUUUUUUAUUAUAUUUAAUAUUUGUUUUUAAAUUAAGAGGUAGAAUUGAUAACUACUGCAUGGUGAUGUAUUUUGUAAGUUACAAUGGAGAGUGUAUCUUUGAUAUAUUUAAAUUGUUUUGCUUAAUAUUGUACAGCUUGAUUGUAUGCUGUAGUGCACAUUGCUCACUUAACACAUUGCAAAUUCCGACAGUCUGGUUACAUCUAGUUGUAAAAUAAUUAUCUAUAUAUUUGUCUUGCACAAUUGCUUUUAAAGCCUCCGGUGGAAACACUUCAGAAGUUGUAUAGCCUAGACAGAUUGCCCUUUUUCUGUCUUUCUCUCCCCCCUUUCUGUAUGAAAUCACAAAUGUAUUUUUUGUGUCCUUUUUUGCCUCAAUGUUUAUUUUUAAUCAUCUUUUAGCUCGUUGAUUUUCUUAUUGACACCUCAUUUUCCUGAUCGAUUUACUGUUAUUUGUAACAGCAUAUUUUAACAAUCAAUGCAUGUUUAGAGCAUAUUUGGUUGCAAGUCAAGAACAAAACAACACAAGUCAUAUUCAGGCAAAAUAAAAAUAUAGGUAUGUAUCUGACCUAGCAGUCUUUUGGGCUUGAUUCUGGUUUGUUUAGAUGAAGUUCUUUUUGGUUGACUCUCAUAUCUUGUUUAAAUGACAGCACUCUUUAAAGAGCAGGAAAAUUUGGAGCAUUAUCAGGUUGACUUCAACAAAGCAAGACCACUCACUAUCCGUGUUAGCCACUUGAUACAUUUUGUAAACACCAGCAAAACCUAAAAAUAGGGAAGACUGUUGGGUACUGUAGAAGGUCUAUUCAUUGCAUAAGUUUUGAAAACUCCCUAAUUUAUGUCUGAAUAUAUCCACCGUGACCAGCUAUAUCUCCAUGACAAGCUACUCAGCAAAUUCACUUCUAAAAGGCUUCAGCUGUGUCAUUAGGGAAAGCCAAGGUGAGGUUGGCAGUCCUUCAGGACUGUUUUGGGUGCUUCAAAAAUGUUAAAGCAAAGUGCUUCAAAGAUCCUUGCCCACACAAAAAAAAGACACAAAUAAAGGAAUUUAGACAGACAUGUUUGCUUUUUUUUAUGCAGUGGGGAAAAGGCAUUUUGAUUUACUAUAGUUUGCAAUAGGAGGUCAUGUGAAACAUGAUUAUGUUUACUCAAAGUUAGAAACCCCAGAAGGGAAGGUUUGAUCAAAAAAGUUACAUAAAAGGACUUCCAUUCUCAAUGGACCUACUGACUCUCACAGCUAUCUGGACUAUUCCUCUUCUCACCCUGUCUGCAGAAUUCCUGUUGUUUCCAUUCUCAAUGGGACAGGCACAUUCAGAGGCAGGUGUUUUUUCCAUUGUGUUUUAAAUCUGUUAUUAUCAAUUUAGUUGGAAUGCUUCUAGUAGUUGAAGUUCAUAUUUUUUUUACUACAAAUGGACCACCUGUGCUGCUGCUAUUAGGAUGUUGUUAGUAUUGAUCAGUUCAGGCAUAAAGUCAGAAACUCAACCAUACUUUUUCCAUACUCCACUCCACAAUUGGUGUGACUAUGAUCUCAAAUAUUCUGCUGUUCAGAAUAAUAGCCUGGGAAUGCAAAAUGACCCCAGUUCACACAUGAUUGUGGAGUGGGGCUCCCAUUAGGGCCCAAAUUAUAGAACUUUGUCGUCAUGCAAAAUCCUUAAGCCUAUUUCUAUACUUUGGCUCUUCUUAUCCAGUCAAACGUUCUGGCCUUUUAUUCCCUUUUGAAUCCAAGCUGCAUCUCUUGGACCUCUACUUUUCAGCAGCACCUUUACAUAGUGGUCAGUGAGAGAGAAAUCUCCAGUGUCAAGAGAAAUAGACUUUUUAUAUCGUCUGAACAGUCAUUAAUGCAAUGCUAAACCAUAGCAGGUCAGGUAGCAGCGGAAUGAUAAACGGAGAACCUUUCAGGUCAAAGACCCUUCAUCAGAACUUCUGAAACAGGGAAAACAAAUUACCUUUAUGUUUAUAAAGAUGUGGGGGUAGAAGAAAGGAUAGGAAAUAGAUGGGUAAGGACAUGUACAAGUAACUGUUGUCUCACGGCUACUAUAAUACUGGUUUACAUUUGUUCUCUGAUGUUUGGAGUUUGCACAUUCUGUGGGUUUUGUCCAAGUUACCCCAGUUUCCUUCGCAUCCUACAGAUGUGCUGGUUGAUACAUGAAUUGGCUACUGCAAGUGGUAGCAGGAUUAGAAAGUGGUGGUGAGGGGGUGAGUCAGUGAGCAUGUGAGAGAAAAUUUCAUGGCAAUAGUUACUGGAAUAGGAUUACUCUGAGAGUCUGCAUAGAUUCACUGGGCCAUAUGGUCUUAAAGGACCAUUUGGGACAGCAGGGUAGCAUAGUGAUUAGCGUAAGACUAUUACAACACCAGCGACUCAGGCUCAAUUCCCACCAUUGCCUAUAAGGGAUUUCCUGCAGGUGCUCCCGUUUCCACACUCGUUCUAGUAGGUUAAUUGACCGCGUGGAUGUAAUUGGGCAGUGCAGGCUGAUUGGGCCAGACGUGCCUGUUACUGUACUGUAUCUCAAAAUAAAAUGGUCUACAAAACAUGACAGAGGAAUUCUCUCUGAAAUAGUGAGGCCAAGGUUGAUCUGGUGGCAAACUGUUAAUGAAGCUAUGUGAUUAAUAGAUUAAUAAAGGCAGUGAGAGGGAGAAAAACUAAACAUGUCUUUUGCCAACUAUCCUCAUUAUAUUAUCAACGAGAUGUGUUUAUGAACCACUUAUCACUAUGUCAUCCUGGCCUAAUCAUAUAUUUCCUUUUCCCUUAUAACCAACCUUCCUACAAAUUAAAACAAUUUUCUCUUUUUUCACAGUUCCACUGAAGGAUAUUUGCAAUUCAAGAUUGUUCAAUAUAAUUUCCUGUACACAAAUAUAAAGGAGAAUAAAAUGAUUGUUACUCCAGAUUCAAUGUACCAUUAAUAAACCCACUAAGAUAAAGAACGCAAUAAAAACAAUAAAUAAUACAUAAGAUAGCAUAUGUACAUUGACCCUGGUUAAAGGAGGUGUACUUAAGGUGACUGAUAGCAUUGGUGGUGGGAUGAGUUAAUGGGUGGAAGUGUUGAUCAACCUUACUGCCUUUGGGUCUGGUGAUCCUGGUGUCGAUGCUACAUAGCCUUGUCCCUGCCUGGAUUGGGACAAAAAGUCCAUGGGUGGGUGGGAUCCUUCAUGAUAUCGCUGGCCUUUCUCUGACACCUUUCUUUAUAUAUGUCCUUGAUGGCGAGUUGGCUGAUGAUGCUGAUGCAUUGGGCAGUUUUGAGGACCCAUUAGAAAACCUUCCUGUCCACUGCAGUGUAGUUUCUGUACAUACAGUGAUGCAGCAUGUUAAGAUGUUCUCUAUUGCAUACUGUUGAAGGUUGUGAGUAUUGGUGUCCAUAGUCCAGCUCUGUUUAGCCUCCUCAGAAAGUAGAGGCCUUGGUGAAUUUUCUUGAUAGUGUAGAAUGUGUUCUGGGACCAUGAGAAGGUGUGCAGGAUGUGUGAGUUCUCCUGAAAUGAUAACCCUCUCCUUUAUUUUGUUGACAUUAAGGAAGAGGUUAUUUGCCUGACCAGGCCUCUGAACUGUGAUGUUUACCCUGCAUCUCUUUCCACAGAUGUUGCCUGACCUGUGUAUUUACAACAUUUUUUUUUUUUACUUAUCCAGCAUUAGCAGUUUUGAUUUUAAUUAAAAAUAUAGAGUCCUUGGUUGCCAUGAUCCUGAGAACAUAGUUUGGGCAUACCCAAUCACAAUUUGACGCAUAUAGUGCAGUCCCAUUGGGUUCAGAUUAAUAAUCCAGAGUGGAAAUGUCAGAGGCUUGCUGUAUAAAUAAACAGAUUGUUGUAUUGCACAAAUUUGAAUAUUAUUUUGCAGUUAAAGAGCAGCUCCUGACAGCCAAAAGUAUAAUUGCUGUGCUCUCUGAUCAGUUAAAUGCUCAAUUUUUUCAAGUGUAACUUGAUUUCAGUGUUAUAUGUACUUCAAUAUAAUUCCUGGGGGGUGGGAAGAAAAUUUAAAAUUUUAGAACACAGAACAGUACAACAAACCCUUUGGCCCACAAUUUUGUGCUAAUCUAAUUAAGCUGAUGCAACUAAUACCUUCUGCCUGCAAAUGGACUGGGCCUUUCCAGUCUCUUCAUAUUCAUUUGCUUAACUAAGAGCCUUUUAGGUGCAUUUGUUGCAUUAGCCUCCACCACCACCCCAUGAUAAUGCAUUCUAAGGACCUACCAUUAUGUAUGUUGAAAAAAACUUUCCCCAUACAUCUCCUUUGAACUUGACCCCUCUCACCUUAAAUGCAUGGUUCUAGUUUCAGACAUUUUGACUUUAGGAUUAAAAUACUGGCUAUCUAUCUAUGCCUUUCAUUUUAUAAACUUUUGUCAGGUCCACAAGCCACUGCCACUCCAGAGAAAUAAACCCUGUUUGUCCAACCUCUUUAGCACAUGCCCUUUAAUCUGAGCAGCAUCCUCUCCAAAGCCGCCUCAUCUUCACAAUAAUGGAGGUGACCGGAAAUGAAUGCAAUACACUGACUUUUCCCAGCAUAGCAAAAUAUCUAUUCUUGGGGAGAUUUUCUCAGUUAGUUGAAAUAGUAUGUUCUUGGAUAUAGUGCCGAAAUGUUUCACUGGUGGAUUUUGCGGAAUUUUUUCAUUGACUGAGUUGUACAUCUUUUCCCAAAAGAUGUAAAAUAGAUUUCUCUAUUUUAGUCAUCUUGAUAUGAGCUUUAAUAACCAGCAGUGACAUCAUGAUUUUAUUAAAUCUUGAAUAUCCCUCUCCUAUCAUAAUGGUCUUCAAAUAUAGGGAAUCUAUUGGUGAUUAUUUAUGUAGAAUUGUUCCAAAAGCAUUAAAGAUUUUCCUAAUAAUGAAGCCUUCUACCUGUUAACUGUAAGUGUAAUUGAAAUUACUGUGGGAGAAGAAUGUUUGCAAUCAUCUUGUUAAAGGAUCUAGAUCUCGUCAGUUGUUAACGAUCAGUUGUGCCAUUUCCAGUGUCUCCUUGGUCCUAUCUUUGUAAAUAUACUCCCGAAGCUGAACUCCACAGUCCAAUUGAUGGAGAUGGGAUUAGUACAUGUGGGCUGAAUGGCCUCCUUGCUGUCUGAGUUUGAUUAAGUUCCACAAUCUUCACUUUCAAGUAAAGAAGAAAAACGAGCUAUUGGCAUUCUUGUGCUAAUUUAAUAGCAAAAUGCCACACUGAAUUAUCUUCCUGAAGUAAGUUUUAUUUCUGUGAAUCAAUUAAUUGUAAUAAAUUACAAGGAUAAAGAAAAGGUUGUAACCUUUUAAGAAAUGAAAGCUCUAUACCUCUCAAUCAAUUAGAUUUUUAUUUUGCUUUGUAUCUUGAAUCUCAGCGUUUAAACUGGAUUCUGUGUUUUCAUUCAGAGGUGUACCGGUUAGUACUGGUCACUGUAAAUUGUCCUGUGAUUAAGCUAGUAUUAAAUAGGUGGGUUGCUGGGCAGCUUGGCUCGUGGCACCGGAAGGGCCUAUUUUGCACUAUCUCUAGAUAAAUAAAAUUCCAUACUAAUUGCUAAAACUAGUCCUCUGUGAGCAUAUGUAAUAUUGGACAAAACAUUUUAAUACAUGGGAGAUAAUUGCUUAAUAUCAUAAUAAGUAUGAUUGCACUGUGAAUAAAUUCACUCCUUUAAGGACUUCACUUUGUAGGCUACUCAUUGUUUAAUUAACAUUAUGUUCACGGUGGUUAGCUUGGGUUUGGCCUGCUAAUUCCUGAAGAAUAAAAGGACCUAAAUAAUUUCAUAAGUUUGAUCCUCAGUUCAUUCAUUUAUUUGUAGUGUUUUUUAAAAUUCAUCAGUCAAAAAGAACCUUGGCUUUUCAGAGCAUUGACUAGAAAGAAACAUGCAUCAAUCCACCUCUGAAUGAUCCAGUUUCCCCCAACAAGAAACCAGCGAAUUCUUGAUCCAAUCAGGAUGAAUGAGGUAGAAAAAUAACUAGGCUAUACUGUAUUACCAGUUGCCACAAAUAUACUUGUUUAUAGAUAUAUUCCAUUUUAUGCAAAAAAUAUAGUUAAUCCAAAAGGAACUGAAUAGCAAAUACUUAGAUCUGAAAUGCAUUGCCAAUAUGUACACUUGAAAAUUGAAGACUAAUUUUCAACAUUAGGGUAAAUGGAUUAGAAAUCCCAUAGCACAUGGAAAUACAUACUGAAAUGCUUCUGAUCAGGGGAAAUGCUAAUUUCUGCAGGUGUUCUCAGGCCAAUAAUUUUCUUAUCAUAUGGUAGGCAAGGAAUUAGUACCCAAGAGGCAUGAAUCCCUGAUCUGUAACCGUGGAGUCAAAUAAGUGCCAAAUGAUGAUUCUCAAAGAGAGGUGCUGUUCCUAACCAUGGACCUAAAGCAGAUGAUGUAUCUCUGAAAGUUGAGAUGAAGCCAUACUGGGAGAUUGUCUUCAUUAAAUAAUGCUUGGACGUUGUAGCAAGAUGCUAAUGGGAAUGGUUCCCUGUUUCCCAUAACCCCACCACCAACUAAAAGUCAAAGAUCUUAUCUGGAGCAUGAAUGGCAUCUUUAGUGACAGAUGCCUUAACAAAGGUAACCCUGUAUUUUUAAUUUAAGUUUCACCGCACAGUCUUCCUUUCUCAUGCACAUUUUCUGCUUACUGUGCAUAAUGCAUCAUGUGAAUGACUUUAAGAUUCACUUUUUGCACCAAGACCCUUGAGCUAGUCCGGAUGAAGGUCUCAGCCCAACACGUUGACUCUUUAUUCCUUUCCAUAGAUACUGCCUGACCUGCUGAAUUCCCCAGCAUUUUGUGUAUGUUACUCAGGAUUUCUAGCAUCUGCAGAAUCUCAUGUUUACAGUAUGUACUAUCCCCAUAUCAUUGAAAUCUGUGUACUCUGGCAUAAACAAAAUGGCAGAUAAAGUGCAGACAUUUAUGGGAAUAAAUUUGGAGGAUUCCUUUCAACAAUCAAAAGUGGAUUAUGAAACUGCUCUGGUUAAUAUAUGGAAUUAAAUGUUUUAAGUGGCGAUCUCAUCUCUUUGGGAAACUACAGUUUCUCUCGCUUGAAGUUGUGUCCGCUGAAAACAUUUGCUACCUACAUAUUCCAGAGAUCUGUUACUUCUGUAGAAGAGCCAACAUUUAACCUGGUUUCAGCUUUGCAAAACCUGAGAUGUAUCUUUGUGUUUUACACAAUUCUAAAAAUAUACAAUGCAUUUGCAGAAAUCACACAGUACCAGAUUGAGUCUGUAUCUGGUAUGUGCAUUUAAAUAAAAAACUAUUCAAUCAUAAUAUCCAGUUGUAUUAUAUUCGUGUGUAUUUCAAGAAAGGCUGUAAAAAGUCAGUAAAUAUAUUCAAUCCUUCAGACCCCAUCUCUUAAAAUAUCCAAAAUUAAGUAUUUUAGCUUUAAUUUACUUCCCCUUUCUUGUAUUUAAUUAAGACUUGGAACCAAAUGAUUUAGACAAGCACCAUUUUUUUAUUAUUGGCUAUUGCUCAUUAAUUGAGGUGGUAGUACAAGACUGACAAUUUGCAGAAUCAGUGGUUCUGAUUAGAUCACUAAGGUCCUAAAUGGUCAGAGACUUAAAGAUUGGAGAAAGAGAUUGAGGAAUUAAUUUUCAGAGUUUUGUUUAGGUUCUCGACCAUUAAAUUAGUUACUUGGUGAUUUUUUUGUGUGUCUGGUUGCCUUUUAUUGUUUGAGUACUGAUUUCUGAGCAGCAGUUGAGUAUUGGAUUACAAUGAAUAAGCUCUUUUUGGGCUUCCAGCCGGGUACAAGUAUCGAUUAUAACUGAUAUUUCGAUGACUGACUCUGCCAUCUUCGGCAGGGAUGAUGCCUGGGCAUGUCUAGUCUGGUGGUAUUUAUAUCCCUAUCGUCCAUCCCUCAUCAUUGGUUAGUCCUGAUCCAAUCAGGUUUCCGUUCUUCCAUCUUAUUUACAAUGGAAUUCCAGUUCUUACUUAGAGUGAGAUCUUUGUUUUUGUUAGAAUUCUUUUCCUCCAGUUUUAUUUCAAUGGCUUCCUUUACCAGGUGGUCCCAAAAGCUAUUGGCACAGCACAGUGGUUCUGUGCCUUUGAAGUCAAUCCUAUGCACAUUAUAAAUGCAAUGUCCUGCUACCACUGAUUUCUCCAGGUAACCCAAAUGGAUACACCACCUGUGCUCCUUGAUGUGGGUUUCUAACCAUCAGGAGGGAUGGACUACAGGGGUAUAAAUACCA